UAAAGAGGCGGGUGGCUCGCGAACUCCGGUGACGCCCCGCCCACGUGACGCUCGGGCUGCGCACGCGCGCCUUGAUGACGUAGUGGCGCCAUGGACGUCUAAGAUGUGAUGGAGCGGGCCAUUAUGACAUUCGUCGAGGGGGUCGGAGAUGAGGUGACCAUCGCCGGAGGGGUGCUGCUUCUGGGCCUGGCGCUGGUGCUGGCCUGGUUUUCCACCUACGUUGCCGAGCGCGGAGAGCACCUGCUAGGAGACGGCCCCCACUCCUCCUUGGUGGGCACGGACAUGUACGUGGGGGGUGCCCUCCCGGCUGAGCUGGUCGAGGCUCAGGCUAACGCCCCGAGCCUGGCGGACAAGCCGGAGGACGAGGAGGUCAGUGGCAGCCCCGAACAGACCCCGAGCGAGGGCACCUCCGAGGCCAGCGCCGUGGACCAGCUCUUUGACAUCCAGGGGCUGCGGAAAAGCGGAGCUUUGGAUGGUCACUUGCAGCCCACUGCCAGUCACCCACCUACGGAGAGCGGCUCGUUCAGAAUUCGGCUCAAGUUCCUGAAUGACACCGAAGAAGUGGCGGCCGUGAAGCCCGAGGACACCAUCGGCCUGCUCAAGAGCAAGCACUUCUCUGGACAAGAGCAGAAGAUAAAGUUCAUCUACCAGGGUCAGCUGCUGCAGGACCACUCACGGACUCUGCUGUCACUCAACAUCACCGAGAACUGUGUCAUUCACUGCCACCUGUCUCAGCGCCCACUCGAGUCUGCCUCCGAACUGCCCGCCCUGACGGACCAGGGGGCUCCCGGCACCAAUGUGGGCAACUUAAUGAUCCCCAUGUUCAUAGUCAUGCUGGCAGUCGUUUGGUAUUUCCGCAUCAACUAUCGGCAGUUCUUCACGGCCCCCGCCACGGUCUCCUUGGUCGGUGUGACCGUCUUCUUCAGCUUCCUCAUCUUUGGAAUGUAUGGACGAUAGAGAAGGGAGGCGAGGGGGUGUGGGCACGGUGGGGCUCGAGGCGCCAGCACAAGCAUGCUCUGCUCUGCUCGCUUGCUCCUUGGCACACUUUCUCUUUGGGCGGGGGGGGGGGGGGGUUUGUGUUCGCCAGCCAGCCCGCCCGCCUUCAUGCUGUUCUUUAUUUAUUCCAAAUAAACAAAGCGAUCAAACCUC